AGUCAACGUCCUUCAAGUCUUCAACCCAAUCAACACGCCACUGUAACAGUUUCCACACCAUUUUCCCCCACACUUUUUUUUUUUCCUCAGUGUUCUGUUAAUCUUUUCAUCAACCUUUUCUAUCUUUUUCCCGAAAAAGAAUAGGAUCACUGGCGUCAAAAAAGAUGAAGAAGAUACAAGUUCCACCAGAACCAGGCAAGUCCAUGUUCUGUCUCUUCUUUUUCAUCUUCCUGUCUUGUUUCCAUGUAUGUUUCCCGGAGCUUUCUUCAACCCAGACAAACACAAUGAUCGAACUCUCUAGAUUCCUUAGUAUCCCAGACUGGAAUUUUCCUGGUUCUGAAAGGAAUCCAUGUUCAUGGGAAGGUGUUGAUUGCAGCCGACCAGACAGUAGCUCUGUGAUAAGCUUGUCUCUCUCUGGCUUCGAUCUCUCCAAUUCUUCAUUUCUACCACUUGUUUGCCAAAUCCAGACACUGGAGUCUCUUGAUGUCUCUAACAACAGCUUGAGCUCAAUCCCGGACGGGUUCAUGACAAAUUGCCGAACACUAGUUGGGUUGAAGCAGCUGAACUUCAGCGGGAACCAAGUUUCUUCUUUUCGUGGUUUCCGCAACUUCUCCAAAUUAGAGGUUCUUGAUAUCUCUCACAAUAGGUUGAGUGGGAACAUUGAAGACUAUGGUUUUGAUGCUUUGGUUCAGUUGAAAAAUCUGUCCCUCAGCUUCAACAAGCUAGCUGGUUCAGUUCCGACCAAUUUGGCCAAAAGUGUGGUGAAUCUCGAGGUCUCAGAUAAUUUAUUGAGCGGUAGUAUCCCCGAGGGCAUCGAUGAUUAUCAAGAGCUAAGGUUGGUUGAUCUCAGUGAUAAUCAGCUUGAUGGGUCACUCCCUAGCUCGUUGGGAAACCUCUCCAAGUUAGAAACUUUGCUUCUUUCCAACAACAAUCUUAAAGGGGCAAUCCCAGAGUCACUUUCAAGAAUCCAAACCUUGAGCAGAUUCGCAGCCAAUCGUAACGGAUUCACAGGAGCAAUUCCAUCAGGGAUCACGAAACACCUCGAGAACUUGGACCUGAGUUUCAACCUUCUAAACGGGUCCAUUCCAGAUGAUCUUUUGUCGCAGCAGCCUAAACUCGUCUCUGUGGAUUUGUCAUCGAAUCAGUUAGUUGGAUGGUUACCGCAAAGCAUUUCGCAUAGCCUAGUUAGGCUGAGGCUAGGAAGCAAUAAGCUAAUAGGGUCAGUGUCUUCAGCUGCAUUUGAAUCGCUGCAGAACCUGACCUAUCUGGAGAUGGACAACAACGGAUUAACUGGCCACAUACCUCCUGCAUUUGGAAACCUUGUGAGUUUGAAUCUCCUUAACUUGGAAAUGAACCAGUUCGUUGGGAUCUUACCUCCUUCGCUUGGAAACAUCACCUCGCUUCAAGUGUUGAAACUUGAGCAGAACAAGCUUACCGGAGAAAUCCCAGAUGAGAUAGGAUCGUUAAGUAAACUCUUGAUUCUUGACCUCAGCUGGAAUUCUCUGAGUGGAUCUAUACCGUCCUCUCUUUCGAACCUAACUGAGCUUACCAACAUGAAGUUGCAAGGGAAUAGUCUAAGUGGUACUAUACCUGACAGCAUUGGAGAUCUGAGUAGUCUCUUAGAACUCCAGCUCGGUCAAAACCAGCUUAGAGGGAGGAUUCCAAUAAUGCCGCCAAAGCUGCAGAUUUGCUUAAAUCUCAGCACUAACAUGUUCCAAGGACCAAUCCCUUCUACAUUGUCUCAACUCGACCGCUUGGAAGUUCUUGAUCUUUCAAAUAACAAAUUCUCAGGGGAGAUCCCUGGUUUUCUGACCAGCUUAAUAUCCCUUAGACAGCUGGUACUAUCCAACAACCAGCUUAUUGGAAAUAUUCCAAAGUUCACCCAUAAUGUUUCAAUCAGUGUCACUGGAAACCCCGAGAUCACCACCGUUGACCAUGGAGUCGUUAUCCCAGGCAGGCCAUCAGGGAAGAGCCAACUCGUUCUGAUCGUGACCCUUGUCGCCAUAGGAGUAACUGCUCUUGUGGCAGUGAUUAUAAUUCUGAAACUUUAUAGGCGCUUCAAUGGGGUUAACAACAUGCAAGUCGACCUCGACGAGGAAGAAGGAUCAACUGUUCUUCCCGAGGUCAUUCAUGGCAAGCUCCUCACUUCAAACUCUCUACACAAAUCAAACAUCAACUUCGCCAAAGCUGUGGAGGCUGUUGCUCAUCCAGAGAAUGCUCUGUUCCAGACAAUGUUCUGGAGUUACUACAGAGUGGUCAUGCCCUCUGGUUCAAGUUACUUCAUCAAAAAGCUCAACACAAGAGAAAGGCUUUUCCAGCAAGCCAGCAGCGAGCAACUAGAGCUAGACCUAGAGAUGUUGGGCAAGCUGCACCACUCAAACGUAAUGGUUCCACUGGCUUAUGUCCUUUAUUCACAGGGAGUCUUGCUCUUCUACGAAUUUGCUCACACUCACUCCCUUUACGAUGUUCUGCACAACCAUCCCAGCGAUGUGGUUGAUUGGACGAGCAGGUACAGUAUAGCAGUUGGCAUAGCUCAGGGAAUCUGCUACUUGCAUGGAUCCAACUCCAACGCGCGUGAUCCAAUCCUUGUACCAGAUCUCUCUAGUAAAAAAAUAAUGCUCAAGUCGCUCACUGAGCCGCUAGUAGCGGACAUUGAACUGUUCAAGGUAAUCGACCCUUCCAGAAGCAAUAGCAGCCUCUCCACAGUUGCAGGCACCAUCGGCUACAUUCCACCGGAGUAUGCUUACACGAUGAGGGUGACAAUGGCUGGGAAUGUCUACAGCUUUGGGGUGAUUCUUCUGGAGUUAUUAACCGGAAAGCCAGCGGUCAGCGAAGGACGAGAGUUGUCCAAGUGGGUGCAGAGCCAACAAGAGCAGCGCAACAACAUUCUUGACCUAAGAGUGAGCAAAUCAUCACCUGUAGCAACAAAGCAGAUGAUCCGUGCCCUCAGCAUUGCACUUGCCUGCAUAAACAUCUCUCCUGGGGCAAGGCCAAAGAUGAAGACUGUCCUACGGAUGCUCACAAGACUCUAAAUAAAAGUAUUGGCUGACGUGUAAAUUUUUGCUUCUUGCUUGCUUUGUAUAUAAAAGCAGCAUAGGAAGGUAUUAUCUGCAUCUCCAUAUUUGAGAUGCUCAGGAAACAAGAAGGAUCCAAUGCAUUCAAAUUUUUAGUUUAAAAUGAAUAUCAAAUACCAGAUGGUUAAAUAUGAA